AGAGUGAGUUCCAUCCAGCUAUGUUGCUGUUAAGAUGCGGCUCCAAUCCUUACCGCUGCUCCUUCUGCUCACUGUCAUCACCCUCCCGCCUGCCACGCCCACCCAUCCGAGGGCGAGGAACCACUAUGCCAGCGAAGAUCUCGGGGAGGAGCCGCUGAAGCCGGCCAGCUUGCUGCUCGAGGAACUGCAGCAGACCAACGGGCAGCUCAUCAAUCUGACACGACAGCACGACGGCGAUACCUUCCACACGAGCGGUCUGAGCAGCGCCUGCAACGCGGACACCUGCAUCGGACUCUCAAGUGGCACAGCGUCGCUGGUGCGUUCGAGCGGCGAUGGAAGCGGUCAAGGCAACGAGAAAAUCCCCCAAUCCAUAGAUGGACUCAAUCCGGCGUCCUCGACUUUGGGCGGCGGUCAAAUGGAGCUCCUGACCCGUCGUCUUAAGUUGCAGAAGGGUCGCGGUCAAAUGGCGAAUGGGGAUGCGAGCGGCGAGACUGGUUGCACCUGUCGAUGUCUUCCCUAUCAGCGGGCCUAUCGCGAGGAUCUGGGCAUUUGCGUGGACGACAUCCAUGAGUGCUCCCUGUCGCCCUUCGUGAGUGGUUCCUCAUCGGAAAAGAUCCCCUUUGUCUUCCUGCCGCUCAAGGGUCAGAUCAUCUAUCCCAGCAGGGAGAUCAGCUUUGCCAGCAUUCACACACCCGUUUGCGCGGUAACUGGAGCCCAGUACCUGGGUUCCAAUGGCUGGUCGGAUCUAAGGAAUCCGAUAGACACCGAUUACCCGUUCCGCAUGUUCCGGGAUGAGGGACGCAGCUUCCUCUUAUGGCUGGGAGAAGCUGAUCUGCGCCAGAAGAUGCAGGGUCGCCUGAUUGUGGUGCAUCUGGUGUGUCGCGACAUGACGGUGGCCAUGAAUGGCAGCAGCCACGUCAAGGGUGAGCCCCUCAUGCCGCCCAGGAAUGUCCACUCCCCCUGUGUGGCCUUCAGAGUGAAUGGAAGUCCAGUAAAAUAUUCCCACAAUGUCCCCGAGGUCUUUUUCCAACCAGCCAACUCCACCACCUUGGCCUCCACCUCCGAUGGCAUGACCAUGCGGGAGUACGUGGUCAUUGGGAUCUGCAGUCUGCUCCUGGGCCUUAUCUAUGUGGCCUCAGUGUUUCUAUAUCUUUACAUGAAGAAACGAAAACGGCACAGCUCACGCCAUUCCCUGGACAAUUUGACUAACGACAUGAAUUACCCUAAGAAUGAUCAGGUUACGUAUGGAGCACCCUUUAGCCGAGUGGGUAGUAUAUACUCCUCCAAUAGCAUGGGUCUGGGGAAUGGAAAUGAGUCCAAUACACGUACGAGUAUCGGCAGUUUGAAGGAGGAUAUGGGCAUUGUGAAAAAUAAUCCCUUGCUGCAGCAUUUUCCACAGUUGGGUGAACGAGAACACAAUUCCGGUUUUGCCAGCGAUAUUUCAAACUCCAAUUCUGAGUGUGAAAUGGAGGAGAAGAUCAAGACGUCUGUGCUGGUGCAUCCACAGCUCAGUAAGUCCCCGAAACCUUCGGGUGGAACAGAUAACGCUGCAAUUGAUGUAGAUGACUUCCUGCAGGACAACGAAUGUCUGCCCGCCGAAAAUGUGGCCGUAAUUGAUGAGCUCAUGAGCGAGGAGAAGCUAGAGAACUUGCGUGCCAUGGUCAGUGGCAAUGUGCGCAAGAAGCUCUACUUCAAUCCGGCGUAUUUUGAGCCUCAUCUAUUAGCGGAACCGCCUCAAGCUGCCAUUGAGUUCCUGCAGAAGAUUCGCGAGGUCAUCGCCAUUGCCAAGUACAAAAUGGCCUCAAAGCGCUACCAGCCCUCUCUGAACAUAAUUCCGGAGGAGCAGCACCCGGAGUCCAGUUCCAAUUCACCCACCAUGUUCAAUAUUCCGCUGCAACAGAGUCUGGCGGGGAAGGGAAUGGGCGACAAGCGGAACAGUAUUGAGCAGUGGCUGCAAAGUGUACCCAACUCGGAUGCCACUCCGGCACAGAAGACGCUCGACAGACCUGCUCCACCGACGGCAAAGAAGCCAUCAUCCGGAUCUCCAAAUAAGGGCUCACUAAGAAAGGAGAUAAGCGCUCCCAAGGAGCGACCACCACCACCUCCAAUGCAGAAGCCAAGAGCAGAUGAGGGCAACGCAAACUCAUCUUCACCAGCGCCUCCGGGUCCACAUUCUAGCCGAAGCACCGGAAAGAGCACUCCAGAACAGUCACCCAAGCAAAAGGCAAACGUGGGCAGCACCUACGAGGGAUUCUCCGCCUUUUCCGUGGCCGCCAAUGUCUAUGGAUUCGCAGAGACGGGCGGGGAAAUCUACAAUAAUCCCAAGUUCAUGUUGGCAGACUCACCUGCGGCCUCAUUGCGCAGUGCCUCCAGUCGCUCGAAAUCGAUGAGGAAACGUAGCGAUGUCCUGGAUCAGUUCGCCGCCGCCAACUCCACGCCCACCUCGCUCACCUCCUUCGAUCGGCAGCACUACAACAUGCUGCGGAACAUGAAGCCGCCGGAGGUCAUCUACGAUUCCUUGAAGCGCGAGUUUGCAGCGCAUAUUCCAACGCCCGACUACGAUAGCACCAUAGAGAAACGAAUCAAAGACAUCUACAGCAGCACGCAGAGUAGCAUCCCAUCGGUGCCCACUCCGGAUUACAGCUCCCUCAGUCGUAAAUCUCUUAAACAGUUCCAACCGGAUUCCCCGAUUUACCGAAGGAAAUCCCCGCAGUAUCUGAUCGUAGACUACGAAACGGAUAGUCUUGAACGUCUGGAACCCAGCAAACGCAAGAGCUCCCACUCUUCCAGUUCACCGUCAUCCGAUGUGAGUUCCCAAUUGAGUCCCAGUUUGAGUACAGCUCUCCCGCUCGAGGAGGAGAUGGAGAUCAGUCACACUGUAUACGAUCGUAUGGACGGAUUUCGCAAGGAGGGCGAGAUGAAGAAGCGUCUGGCCGCAAAACACCAGCAUCCACAUCCUGGCCAGCAUCAAAGGCAGAAGGAGGCGGCAGCUCGGAUCAAAUAUGACACGCCCUUUCGGGGCAGCAUGACCAUCGAGGUGGAACACGAACCCCCUUCCGAUCUGGAGCGGACGGACAGCGAUCAAUUCGAGCCGGAUACCCUGGAUCGCAAGCCCAAGAAGCAGAGCUUCUGCGACAUUUUAGCCUGGGAUGGGCACAAGCCAAUCGACUCGGACUUCAGCCAGAUCAGUUCGCUGCCGGAUUUGAGUCGGCAAAUCAGUCCUGCACCCAACCAGGCCAUUAAACCAAGGACCGCAUCCUUCAUCCUGCGAUCCAGCAACUCAUUUAGGAACUUGAGAGAGAUCUAUGAGUCACCUUUAAUCGCCCAGGAGAACUCAAAGUACGAGAAGAAGGUCCCUCCAACACCGGAAGAAGAGGGACGUAUUCUCACCCUGGAAGCGAAGCACUCUCGUCGCCAGCGUCUGAUGGAGACCUCACCAACGCACUCAGUGAUGGAUAUCACAAAAGUAAACAAGACCACCAUUACGAUUUCAUCGCCGAAGGCGGCGGAUAAAGCUCCUCCUCCUCGGCCAAAGGUCAAUCAGCAUUACUGCCCACCGUUGGUGCAGAGCAAACGACCACUACCACCUCCUCCCCCAAACUCAUCGGAACAUCUGGCUCCAGAUGAAGAUGCCUACAGCCUGCACAGUGAGAUCACCGAGGUCACAGGAACCUCUGAGUUCGAGAACUCCUGCAACAACACCAUGUCCAGUGCUAUAUCGGCAACCACCGAAGAGAGAACUCAUGCCAAGGUUUCCAAAUCCCAUCAAAUCAACGCUAAGAUACCGGAAGAAGACUACGAAGGCAUGUACAACAAAAAGAUCAACAGCCUGCGCAACGACUAUAGUUUGACGAAGUAUCUCAAUCGACGGAAAAGUCAGCGGGAGGAGGUUUCUAAAGCGGGUCAGGACUCCCCAAAGGACGUUGCCUCCGAGCCGGAUUUCGGUGGCAGCAAUAAGAACCUCAAGGAGGUGGAUGUGGCCCAGUUCGAUGCGCUGUCUAUAAGUUCACGCUCCAAUCGGAGUAGCAGUCACCUCUCUGAGCGCACAAAGGAGAUGUACAGGAACGCCGGAGUUCCGGUGGGCAUUGCCUAUCCCCAACGAGCGGCUAGUAGUUCCGGAAGUGCCAGCUCCGGCGGAAACGUUCAAACCGUCUAUCGCUGCGAAAUCGAACAAGCCCAGCUCACGGCUGGAAUGCAGAUUGCCAUUGGACUAAAGGAUCGGGCCAAAAAAGCCAAGGACCUGAAGAACGCGUGGCGAAAGUUUGUGACGAUGGCGGCCAACAAGUUUAGUCCCAGCCAAAGUCCAGCGCCUACAUAUGGUAGCAAGAAUGCAGGCGGGUUCCUCGAGGAUGAUGGCAUUGCCUCUAUUAUCGAAGAUGCAGCCCAGUCCGCUGGAAUGGGACAACCGGGAAGCCAGACGUAUUACGAGCAGCGCUUUGGUCAACUGGACAGCGGAUACAUGAGCACCGAUUCCACGGAGCUGUACAAGCGAAAUGUCUACGAUAGGUAUAAUUUUAAGCUCCCGUGUGGGCGCGGACAGAUCAUUCGGGUGGACACCAUCGAGGACAACGAGGAGGAAGGCGGUCCGAACGACAAUCGGUUCGAGGACCUCGAACACAUGGUCUCCCCGGGUCACAGCCGUCGAUCUCCGGAAAACAACGGCGUUGUCGCUUGUGAUCUAAGCGAUGCGGAAUCUGAUAAAACUUUGACCCGAUCCCAUUCCCAAACGAAUUCCCAGGAGCGAAACGUGCGGGGCAGCACCACCACAAUGUCAUCCUACUCCUCGGAUGAAAAUGGACGCGGACGAAGCACCUGUUGCGGAUCGUCGGAAACGGACGAGGAGACCAACGCGGAGGACAUGUGGGAGUCGGGGGCAGAGAGCAUAGAAACGCACUCCGUGCUCUACAAGAUGAUUAGGAAGAGUUAGAGUAAGCAUAGUCUAAUGCAUAAAUAGUUUCUAGUGUCGUGCAAUAUUGAAAGAAGACGAAAGACUUAAUUCUUAACACUUAAGGAACGCAAUAGCAACAAUCAGUGCAAUAACCUAGAGAUUCUUGCCAAACCACAAGGUGCAAUUUAAAUAGAUCUAAGCUAGCGUAUAAGCUUUAGUAGUAAGGAUAUUAAGGAAAGUGAAACCCUGGGAAACUGCAUCCAAUACGCAAAGUGCAGGUACCAACAGUAUAUCAGAAUAGCAGAAGAAGUCGAACCCAAGCCCUAAGAAAUCUAAGUGCAAUGAAUCAUCUUUAUAUAUCGUUAAGUAUCUUAACGGAUGCGUAUUGUGAUAAAUGUCAGCAGUCGUGGGCCGGAAAUGUGCAAUCUUAGUGUUAGUGUCAGUGUCAGUGUAAAUGUGUUAGAUUUAAGUUAUCGUACUACUGUUUCACUUACGUAGAGUAAUAAAUAUUUUUUAUAAAAGAAA